UCUUAUUUUUCAACUGACAUACCAUAUUACCUUUAGACCGCUAUGCGAUUUGUAGGCUUUUUCAAGCCCAUGGCGCCUACGACCGCCAAAAAGGAUAGUUCACAGACAGCUACCAAGAACGACGCUACUGCACCCUCACUUUCGGAGCUCUUUCAUCCUUUCCAUAUUAAGAAAAACACCACGCUCGCGCCCGUCAAUCGAUUUGCAAAGGCCAUUUCCAAAGAGACGAUCGACAUAGAAAUCAAACUGGACAUGAAGUCAAGCACGGAUGAAACCUCUGAUAUGGAGGUGGACUCGGAUCACAGAGAACUACCCUCGGCAACUGACAGAGCAACAGCCAGGAAAAAAAUAUCAACUCUUUUCUCCAAGGCACCACGAGCUGAUUGCAGAGCCUCUCAGCAGCGGAAAAAGAACCUGCCAUCUCGCUAUAGACAAAUGACCGUACCUGAAGUGAUUCAGUCUGGCCUGUUGCUCCAGGAUGAAGACGAAAAUACCGAUUACAACAUGCUCACUUGGAAUGAAAUCCCCUCGCUCCGUAUGAGGCUGCUUCAGUACGCAGAGAAUUAUCGCCCAGCAUACUUUGGUACAUGGUCCAAACGCAGCAAAUAUGUUACUGGGCGCCGGUUCCUGGGCAAGGAUACUGAGCUGAUCGAUUAUGAUUUCGAUAGCGAGGCCGAAUGGGAGGAAGACGAGGAGGGCGAGGAGUGCAAGAGCGACGAUGACGAGGAAGACAUUGAGGAUGCUGGCAGCGAUCAAGACGAAGAGGAUGACUGGCUGGUCCCAGAAGGAUAUCUCUCUGAGGACGAAGGACUGGAUGCAGGUGAAGAGGGUGGCUCAAAACCAGACAUGUCCUCUCAAAAGAAAUCGAAGGAGCAACGACGCCCCGCUCUUGCCCAAAUGACGCCCAUUAUCGUUGGUCCGGUGUUCGAGACCACUCUUGGAGAGUGCUCCACCCACCCUGCCCUGGAGCCCUACCACAUCGAAUUCCUUGGAGGUAAACAACAAAUCUCUAACGGAAUAUGUUUCGUGCGCACAUCCAUGGUUUAACCGACGGUAACUAAUUUGAUCCGCGCCUCUUAUCGUACAUUUG